CCUCCUUCCCUGGCUCUCCAUGUCACCAUCUGUGGCACAAUCCUUCUCUGUCACUCUCCCUGCCACCCCCUCCUUCUCCUCCCUCCUUCCCCGCUUUCUCUCCCUGCAUCUCUUUCUGCAUCCCUCCCUCUCGCCCCUUCUCUCGCUCUUUCCUCCUCUUUCUCUUCUCCUGUCACGCAUUUCUCAUCACUCCCCCUCAUUCUGGCUUUCCACCCACUGCCGUCUUUUCUGUCUCUCCCUCUCUCUCUACCUCCGACCGACCCCCCUUUCCCCUCUCUUUCUAUUGGCUUUUUAUGGUCCCCUGUUCCCCAUUUCUCUUCUUUUUCUUGGGAGGCUUCUCCCUCCUCCCCCACCCCAGGCUCCUGCUUGCAGACCCCCCAUCUGUGCCCCUACCCCCCCCACCACCACCCAAGACGUGUCCUGGAGAUGGGGGGUGACGCACCAGGCGCUGGUGGGAAGUCAGGGCCGGAGACCAGAUGGGAGCGGCUCUGUGGGCAGACGUGGCCGCUGCAGGCCUAGGAGGGGGCUCCGUUCGCGAGCCAUCUAAGAGUGGGCACAGUGUGGGGAGCCCGGCUAAGGGGUGCUCGGGGGCACUGGGGACUGGGCAGGGAGAGGGGGCAGCAGAAUGAUAACCGGCUUGGCAGCAAGGAGGGGAGCCCUCACCCCAUGGGCAGGCUAGUAGCUGACUGCUGACCAUCCUCUCUUGGCCAUGGACACCCCUGGCUAUCCUUCACCGUUGCCCACGCCCUCGGAACCCUGGAACGCCUCUUCCGCUUGGCCCCUGGAUGCCAUCCUCGGAAACGCGUCCACAGCGCAGAGUGCAGUAGGGCUGGCUGUCAGUGGCAUUCUGAUCCCACUGGUCUACCUGGUGGUGUGCGUCGUGGGCCUGCUGGGCAACUCACUGGUCAUCUACGUGGUCCUGCGACAGACGGCCAGCCCGUCGGUCACCAACAUCUACAUCCUCAACCUGGCGCUGGCUGAUGAGCUUUUCAUGCUGGGGCUGCCCUUCCUGGCCGCCCAGAACGCCCUGUCCUACUGGCCCUUCGGGGCCCUCAUGUGCCGCCUGGUCAUGGCCGUGGACGGCAUCAACCAGUUCACCAGCAUCUUCUGUCUCACCGUCAUGAGCGUGGACCGCUACUUGGCGGUAGCGCAUCCCACCCGCUCGGCCCGCUGGCGCACGGCGCCCGUGGCCCGCACAGUCAGUGCGGCCGUCUGGGUGGCCUCAGCCGUGGUAGUGCUGCCCGUGGUGGUGUUCUCGGGCGUGCCCCGUGGCAUGAGCACCUGCCACAUGCAGUGGCCCGAGCCGGCAGCGGCCUGGCGGGCCGGCUUCAUCAUCUACACGGCCGCACUGGGCUUCUUUGGGCCGCUGCUGGUCAUUUGCCUCUGCUACCUGCUCAUCGUGGUCAAGGUGCGCUCAGCUGGGCGGCGGGUGUGGGCACCCUCGUGCCAGCGGCGGCGGCAUUCUGAGCGCAGGGUCACGCGCAUGGUGGUGGCCGUGGUGGCACUCUUUGUCCUCUGCUGGAUGCCCUUUUAUGUGCUCAACAUCAUCAACGUGGUGUGCCCGCUGCCCGAGGAACCCGCCUUCUUCGGCCUCUACUUCCUGGUGGUGGCGCUGCCCUACGCCAACAGCUGUGCCAACCCCAUCCUUUACGGCUUCCUCUCCUACCGCUUCAAGCAGGGCUUCCGCAGGGUCCUGCUGCGGCCCUCCCGCCGUGUGCGCAACCAGGAGCCUCCCCUGGGGCCUCCAGAGAAGACAGAGGAAGAAGAGGAUGAAGGAGAGGAUGGAGGUGGGGAGGCUGGGCAGGAGGGAGCAGGGGAGCAUGAAGGGCCGAAGGAGAUGAAUGGUGGGGUCAACCGCAUCACGCAGCCGGGUCCCAGCGGACAGGAGCAGCCUCCCAGCGGCCCCACCAGAAAGGAGCGUCAGUUCCUACCCCAAGAGCCCUCAGCUGCGGAGAAGUCAGGCACCCUGCACAUCAGCUAUCUGUAAGGGCCUGCGGAGGGCCAGGGUAGCCCAAGGACAGGGCAAAGACUGUGGGUACGCCUAGGGCAUGCCACCUGAGGUGCCAGGGGUCCGUGAUGGGAAGUUCAGAAGCCUGGGCUCUGAUGCCAUUGCUGCCGAGACUUGCUGUGUGACCUCAGAUAGGUCACUUCCCCUCUCUGGGCCUUGUGUUCUCCUCUGUGACUCAGGGAUGGGAGAUACGGCCUGGACGAGCUCUAUCAGAUAAGUCUGGAGGGGCAUCUCUGCCGGGCUGGGUAGGGUCAGGUUAAGGGGAUAGGUACCGACUGGCUUUCCCCUUCCGAAACAGAGCAUCCUCAAUCUUGGCCCUCAGAGGGAUAAACCAAGGCCUGGAUUUCCCGGGCUCAGAGUCAGGUUCACAAAAGAGGGAGUGGGGGCCCACAUUCACAGGGAGUGGUACUGCACAGGGAGUGGUAGGGAGAAGGGGUGUGAGAUUGCCCAGGCCUCCAUCAGCUCUCCCCGUCUUGCUGCAAGGCUGUGGGCCAGCUCUUCUCCUCUCUGGGCCUCAGGCCUCACCUGCUAAACAACCCAAUAACCUCCAGGCCCCCUUGGCCCAGACAGUCAAUGCCAGGACUCCUGUAUUCCCAGACAAGAGGGGAAGACGUGAUUUUCCAGGAAGCUAAUUGAGUCGAGCUUCAGGGUCCCUGACUGCUCGGGCCCUUCUGAGGCCCUGAGUCUAAUUUCAUACUUGUAAUUUUGUACCCCUUUUCUUAAAGAGGGACCCCAUAUUGCAUAAGCUUAGGCCACCCAAAGGCUAGCUCAGGCCCUGUUGGGGGCAGCUAAUCAAUCCUCAAAGCAGCUCACUUUGUGUCCUGUGGCUGGAGGGGGUCUCAGGGUCUUUGAGGGCUCAGGAACCUCCUCAUAGGAGAAAUCCUCCCUGCUUCUCCCCACUCGGCGACUAAAGCAGGGACCUGGCCCAGGCAGACUGGAACAGAAAGGCGGAGUGUCUAAACAGAGCUGGGAGGAGAAGGAAGAAGAAGAGGAGGGAGAGGAAGGGGGAAGGGAAAGGCAAAGGAGGAGGAGGUGGAGGACAGAUCUGCUCCAUGAUCUUGGGGCCGACCUUGGCCCCUCUGGGCUGAGCUCAGUUGCAGCAUCAACGAAACAUGGUUGCCAGUGCCUGGCCUGAUGAAACUCAAGGAAAGGAUGCCAUCAGGGUGGAAAAGCAAAUGCUCUGAAAGGUACAGGCUCAGCCCCCUUGAGGGCCUGCAGUGCUGGUAAGAAGGGUUAGACCUUGGUGGAAGCCUGGGGGCAGAGCUGAGAAGCAAGACCUGGCUCCCCGGAGAGGUUGGGAGGAGUGGGGCAGCGCUGCAGGCUGGGGAGCAGGCCACCGGGUCCUCUACAUGCCCCGGGGCAGCACGUCGGAAAGGCCUAAGGAAGACAAGACUAGAGGAGGCUGGAGAGAGGCCACAGGGAGAGGCCACUGUCCAAGGCUGGGCCUGGGGCUGGCCUGGACGCCCUCCCAGAGAUGACCCCUUAGAGCCACAGCGAGACUGGUCCCGGGGACGGUGGAACCUCCAGUUAAAUCUCCCAACACUCCACUCCGCAGAGGGUAGGGGGUCCUCAGGGAAAGCAUGGGAACCACAAGUUGGGAAGCCUAGAUCUUCAACUCACCUUCAGAUCCUGUGUAGCCUUGACCUCUCUGGGCCUCAGUUUCCCAUCAUAAAGUGGAAGUGCUUGUCCCAGCUUGCCUGCCUCCUGGGAUUUGGGAAGAAAAGGAGUCGUUUGGGGUAAACUGCCGUGCACACUGCGAUGGCUGGGGCUGGGACUUAACAGGUUACAGAGUGGAGGCAGCCCCCGCCAGGCGUGGCCUUCAACCCCUUCUCCUUCACCAAGUGGCUUCUCUGUCUCCAGCCCUUGGGGCUGAGGGCGCUACAGGACAUGAGGAAGGGAAGCUGGGGGUCAGAGACCAAGGAUCAGGGAGGUAGGGCUUGGGGGAGAGUGAGGCCCCAUCAGGGGGAAAGAAGUUUACAAAACUAGAGCUUGUGUGGAGGUUGGAGGCCCAGUCCUCAGUCUGGUGUCCCCUGAGGCGGAUCUGGGGGUCUGAGGAAAGAGGGCCCCUGGCAUUCCAGCAUUUCCUGUUUUCCUGGCCAACCCUACUUUCCUGAUUCCUGGGACAAGUGAGCCUGUUCUACAAGGGUGGCUGGGAGGCCCCUUAGGGAAAUUCUGACUCUAACUCUUGUCAAUAAAGUCAGUGACACAUGACAACUGGCCUGGGCC